AUGCUUUUUGAGAAAGAAUUAUAUGUUGCAACUGAAGCCGUUCGUAAAGCUUCUCUUCUUACUAAGAGGAUUCAAUCUCAAGUUAUCGCCCACAGAGAGUCAUCUACAAUAAUUAAAAGUGAUAGUUCUCCUGUAACUAUUGGUGAUUAUGCUGCUCAAACUAUUAUUAUCAAUGCAAUCAAAACUCAUUUCCCAAAUGAUAAGAUUUUAGGUGAAGAAACUGCAACAGGGUUAGAGGAUAAAUUUGUCAAUGAGAUUUUAACAGAAAUCAAAAACAAUGAUACUGUAUUUGAUAAAGAAUAUAAAACCGAUUUCGAAUUUACCAAUUCCCAAUUUCCAUUGGCAAGUAUUGAAGAUGUUAAGAAAGUGAUUAACUUUGGUGAUUAUAAAGGUGGUAGAAAUGGUAGGUUUUGGUGUUUAGAUCCAAUUGAUGGUACUAAAGGAUUUUUAAGAGGUGAGCAGUUCGCCGUAUGUUUAGGAUUAAUAGUUGAUGGAAUAACGCAGGUAGGUGUUAUUGGCUGUCCUAACCUAUCAUUAUCAUCGUUCGGAGGGAAAGAUAAACCAAACCAUGAAAAAUUUGGUUAUAUAUUUCGUUCAGUCAGAGGAUUUGGAGCAUUCUAUGCAGCAGCAGCAAGUACAAGUACCAGUGCAAGUACAAGUAAUUGGACACAAAUUCAUUCAAGAAAGCUUUCUAGUACUAAUGAGAUGAUUUCAUUAGAAGGUGUCGAGAAGGGACAUUCAUCACAUGAUGAGCAAGCAAUUAUCAAAGAAAGAUUGGGAAUUACUAGAUCAUUAAACCUUGAUUCCCAAGCUAAAUAUUGUUUGUUAGCCUUGGGAUUAGGCGAUUUGUAUUUAAGAUUACCUAUUAAGUUAAGCUUUCAAGAAAAAAUCUAUGACCAUGCUGCAGGUAAUGUUUUAGUUCAUGAAGCUGGAGGUAUUCAUACGGAUGCGAUGGAAAAUGUUGAAUUGGAUUUUGGUAAUGGGUUAACAUUGAGCACUAAGGGAGUGAUUGCAUCCUGUGGACCCGAAAGUUUACAUGGAUUGGCAGUUAAGACAUCCAAUGAAGUGAUAAACUCUAGAAUCAAGAGUGAUUAA